AUGGAAUCUCCACGUCAAACUGAAGGAAUAUUUCAAUAUCAACAUCAAUCGAAUACAAAUGAACGAAUAAGUCAAAAAUGGAUUCAAAUUUUAGGAAAUAAUUACGAAAUUUAUAUUAGUGAUAUUUAUAAACCUGAUAAUGAUACACUUGGUUUAGCACUAGAAGGUACAAUUGAUACUGAAAAUGGUAAAGAAACGGAUACACAUCAUUAUAUAAGAACUAUAUUGCCUGAUGGAGUUAUUGGCAGAGAAGGAACGUUAAAGCCUGGCGAUGAACUUCUUGAAAUUAAUACUCAAGUUUUAUAUGGAAAAAAUCAUAUGUAUGUUAUUGAAAUUCUUAAAUUAUUUAAACAUGAAAUAAAACUUGUAUGUGCUCGUCGUAAAAUUCAAUAA